AUGAUUGCACUCGAGAAGGCAAUGAAAGAUGCCAUGGUUCCUGCAUGUACUGCUAGGGAGACUGAUUUCGGAAGAGAGGUCCCGUUGUUUGAAGUGGAGGUUACAGCUUUGGAGUCUGUAUUUCAAAAAUUCUAUUCCUACAUUUUUUACACUGAAACCGUGGGGUUCGAACUUAACACAGACCCCGACAGGCCUAGUCCUGCUUCUACCUUCGUGGUUAAAUUUGACAAGGUCAGAAUGGAUCCGAGGAACAAGGAAGUCUAUCUUGAUAGUUUCAUGUUUAGCACAAUUGAUAAGUUGUCCGAAGAAGAGAUAAAGAAAGAAGACUCAAGUUUGGUUGAGCUCAGACAAAUAUUAUUUGAAUGGAUGGUAUGUGACCUCUUUCAUUUUAGUCACCACGAGAAAUGA